AUGGCGAUCAAAGACUCCUCCUACGUGAAGUGGCCACCUCGGUUGAGGGGAGAUCCCACCACCAGAAACAGAAAUGUCUAUUGUCACUUCCACAAAGACCAUGGACAUAGUACAGAGAAUUGCAAGACCCUCCGCGACGAGAUCAAGGAGCUCAUCCGUUGCGGAUAUCUAAAAAAAUUCAUACAGAGAGAAGACAAGAACCAGGCAGAUCGCCAAACAGAUUGGCAGGGGGCCAAAGAAGAAACGCCCCCGAGUUUAGCAGCAAACAGAGUGAGUAGCCGCCACGGCAGUUGCCCAAAGAAAGGUCGAUCUGCAAUCAACAUGAUUACUAGCGGGUCCAUCAUCGCGGGCUGCACCUUGGUAGCAGGACGAGCUUCAGUUCGCGAACUAGAGAAUGAGGAGCAGAAUCCGCCGAAGCAACCCAGACUCGAAGACCCCAUCUACUUCAUGGAAGAUGAUGCAUGUGGGAUCCAAUAUCCUCACGGCGACGCUUUGGUGAUAAAGUUGAGGAUAAAUGAUUUCGAAGUUAAGCGCAUCCUGGUAGAUUCGGGUAGCUCAGCCGACAUUCUGUUCAAAGACGCCUUCGACAAACCGCAGCUCCAGAUGAGCAAUCUAAAGCCAACAAACACUCCCUUGGUAGGCUUCAGCGGCAAGGAGGUCAGACCCCUAGGGCGAGUCUUAGUACCCGUAGAGGUUGGCACGUGGCCAAACAUUGUAAGGUUUGAGCAUACAUUUUUAGUGGUUGCAACUCCCUCCCCGUACAAUGCCAUAGUAGGUCGGCCCAUUACACAUGCAUUACGUGCGGUAGUAUCCAACUACUACUUGACAAUAAAGUUCCCUAUGGACUAUGGAGUAGGGGUGGUGCGAAGCGACCAGCUCGAAUCUCGCAAAUGCUAUGUUGUCGCCCUCAAGGGAAAAGCCAAGCUAGUGGCUAACGUUGAGUUCAAGCGACCUACGGAGUAUGCCGAGGAGCGAGCUACAUCGACAGAAGAGACGGUUCACAUCCCGGUCUCAACAGAUGAUCCAGCUAAGACCCUCCAGAUCGGCGCUUCGAUUGAGGAACUGCUUCGCUCUUAG